GAGCUGCCCGCCGCCGUCCGCAACCUCUCCAUCGUGGGCGGCAACUUGACGGUGCUGCGCGCCGCCGCCUUCGCCGGCGGCUGGCGGGAGGGGGGGGAAGGCGGCGGGGCGGCGCGGCCGCUGGCCGACCUGACGCUGCUGGUGCUGACCCACGACGCCAUCGAGGCCCUGGAGGAGGCGGCCUUCGCCGGCCUGCCGGCCCUGGCCCCCCUGGACCUGAGCCACAACCGCUUGCGCUCCGUGGCGCCGGGCGCCUUCGCCGGCUGCGCGCAAUUACGCACGCUGAGACUGAACCAGGGCCUGGAGGCGCGGGACGCGCGGGGGCUCGGGGAGCUGCUGGCCGGCGCCCUGGCCAACCUCAGCCUGGUGCGCCUGGAGCUGGCCGGCAACCGCCUGCGGGAGCUGCCCCCCGCGACGGCCCUCCCGCCGGGCCUGCGCCACCUGGACGUGCGCAACAACUCGCUGCAGGCGCUGGCGGCCGAGCAGCUCGACGGCCUGGCCGCCCUGGGCCGCCCGCGCCUCCACCUGGCCGCCAACCC